UCUGUGCAUUGACUCUUUGCACAAAGGGUCUUGCUCGCCAACGUGUGGACGGAAAUUCAUGGCUAAUUGUCUUUAAUUUGUGGUUAGAUUAAGUGAGCGCCUUUAGAUAAGGACUUGGCUACUAGACUAUACAUCAUAAAUUACCACACCCACGACCCAACCGUAUGAUGCACCCUACAUAAGGCCAAGUUCAAAUGAGUGACAACAUAUAGUCCUCACGACACAAAUGUAUUUGUUAAACGAUGCACUGAACGAGCGACCGAUGUCCUUUUUAGGCUGUGUGGGGCCCGAUGGACGAGGAGCCUGGAAACGACCAACAAGGACAGCAGGAAGCAAAGCAGAGAGAAGCUGAAAUGAGAAACACUAUUCUAGCGCAAGUUUUAGAUCAGUCUGCUCGUGCCAGAUUGAGUAAUUUAGCGUUGGUGAAGCCAGAAAAGGCCAAAGCUGUGGAGAAUUACCUCAUUCAGAUGGCCCGCCACGGUCAGCUUGGUGGAAAGAUUUCAGAAUCGGGAUUAAUAGAGAUCCUUGAAAAAGUUAGUCAGCAGACGGAAAAGAAGACGACCGUUAAGUUUAACAGGCGAAAGGUGAUGGACUCAGACGAUGAAGAUGAAGAUGACUGACGCGAGUGAUGAAGACUAGGGGACCGUGUGAAGGCUGACGGGGGAGCGGGCUGCCUGCCGUUAGCCGUCUUCACGUUUUGGUCAGAGGCCCUUUCUUUCCCGGAACGGCGUACGGAGAAGUCGGAACUCUGCUGUAAAGGAAUAAGGGAACUCCUCACCGAUUCAUUUUUACUUUUCCCUUCUUUCCUUUUUUUUUGAGCUUUCUUAACGGUUAACUGACUACCCCUCCGCCCCCUUAUAAGAGUGCAGCUGUAUUUUAUAGUUGGGACUGCGUCAGGGCCGUUGUAACCGAUUUAUUGAUUGGCAUGUUGUAUUUAACCUGGCCCCUGCACUCUCUUCUCAUCUCCGUACUUGCAGAUCUGUGUUUAUUCAUCUUCCCUUUUUUUUCUUUCCAUCUGCUGAAUUGUACCCUCAACAGUUUACAUAAUAAAAUGCCUUAAAAUACCAA